UUUUUGUUCCUUCUUUCACUUGUCGUCUUGUCUUUCAGUUUUCUUCUGCCGACAUCCCCUCAUUUCUCCCUUUACUGUCUCCGUCGCAGUUUGAUUAUACCUUCAAAGCAUGUACGCAUGGGCAAUACAUCGAGGCGAUUAUCACUGUUAUUAAAAAAAAUAAAAAAAAGGAAGCAAACGUCAUGAUUGUAAGUUUCAUUUUUUUUUUUUUUGAGCUGUGGCUUAGGUACCUCCCUUUUGACAAAUCAACGUGAAUUGAGAGGGUUUUGAUGCUUCAUAUAUUCUUCGGCUUCGAUCUGCACCUGACAAUCUCGAAAUGUCCGGGCCGCUUGAUCGGUUCGCUCGGCCUUGCUUUGAAGGGUUCUCAGGUCAAGAUGAACGUAGAGAGCGAAAAUCAGAUUUUGAGAACUCUGAGGAUGAUAGGCGAACAAGAAUUGGUAGUCUGAAAAAGAAGGCAAUAAAUGCUUCAAGCAGAUUCAGACAUUCUCUCAAGAAGAAAGGCAGGAAAAAAGGUCCCAGUCGGAGCAAUUCUGUUUCUAUUGAGGAUGUUCGAGAUGUUAGGGAGCUCAAGGCAGUGGAUGCAUUCCGACAAGCACUUUUGUCUGAUUCCUUGUUGCCUCCGAAACAUGAUGACUAUCAUAUGUUGUUGAGAUUCCUUAAAGCAAGGAAGUUUGAUAUAGAAAAAGCAAAGCAAAUGUGGGCCAAUAUGAUUCAAUGGAGGAAAGAAUUUGGUACAGAUACAAUUAUGGAGGAUUUUGAGUUCAGUGAGUUGAAUAAGGUUCUGCUGUCCUAUCCACACGGUUACCAUGGUGUGGAUAAAGAAGGAAAACCUGUUUAUAUUGAGAGACUAGGCAAAGUUGAUCCCAGCAAGCUGAUGCAAGAAACUACCUUGGAAAGAUAUCUAAGAUACCAUGUUCAAGCCUUUGAGAAAACAUUUGCUGUUAAGUUUCCGGCUUGCUCUAUCGCUGCAAAGAGACACAUAGAUUCAAGUACGACAAUUUUGGAUGUCCAAGGCGUGGGUUUCAAGAACCUAACUAGGUCUGCACGAGAACUCAUCAUGCAACUGCAGAAGAUUGAUGGUGACUACUAUCCAGAAACGUUAAGUCGGAUGUUUAUAAUCAAUGCUGGUCCUGGUUUUAAGCUGCUCUGGAAUACAGUGAAAACAUUUCUUGAUCCCAAAACUACUUCAAAGAUUCAUGUUCUUGGCAACAGAUUCCAAAGUAAAUUACUUGAAAUUAUUGAUGCAAGUGAGCUGCCAGAAUUUCUAGGCGGUAGCUGUAUUUGUAUAGAUCAGGGUGGUUGCAUGAAGUCCGAUAAAGGUCCAUGGCAAGAUCCAGAAAUUUUAAAGAUGAUUCUUAACGGUGAAGUGCAAAAUUCUAGACAAAUAGUAACUGUUUCCAAUGACGAGGGCAGGGUGAUUGAAUGUGAUAAGACCUGUUAUCCAAUGAUAAGAAGUAGUGAUACAUCUACAGCAGAAUCAGGAUCUGAAGUUGAAGAUAUCACUUCCCCCAAAGCAAGUGGGAAUUACAUAAACCCUAGGCUGACACCUGUCCGGGAAGAAGCUAGAUUGAUCAGUAAAGCUAGUCUUGUUGGAGGCUUCUCUGAGUACGACGAGCAUGUCCCCAUCGUUGACAAAGCUGUUGAUGUUGGGUGGAAGGAGAAGCAAACUACAUCUCAAAAUUCUUUCAAUUCUGUUGAGACAUCUCUAUCAAGUAUUGAAAAGUCUCCCGAGGGAAUUUGCGCUUAUAUCUGGACUGUUAUUAAAGGCUUCUUCGUUGCCCUCUUUACUCUUGCGAUUUCAUUAGCGUUUCAUAUCACCAAGAGAAGCCAGGACUCGGAAUCUGAGUCUGCUCAGACUAUGCGUAAUGUGACUACUGAGCCAAUAUUCAAGGAGGAAUCCCGUCCUCCUUCCCCUGUUCCUGGAUUCUCGGAGGCUGAGGUCCUCUCGUCUGCCUUAAAACGGCUUCGUGAACUUGAAGAGAAAGUUGACAUGCUACAAUCAAAACCUAAUGCAAUGCCAUAUGAGAAAGAGGAACUGCUGAAUGCUGCAGUUUAUCGUGUGGAUGCAUUGGAAGCAGAGUUGAUUGCUACAAAGAAGGCUUUAUACGAAGCUUUGAUAAAACAAGAGGAACUUCUGGCAUACAUGGACAGUCAAGAAAGCAAAUCCAAAAGCAAGGUUUGCUGGUGAGAAGAAUACUGUACAGGACGGUACAAAUUAAUGGACAUUUUGUGUCUAUACUUCUAUGCUGGAGCUGCUCAAGAAUGUGUCUUGAUUUUCGUCGACUGGUAGCUCAUGACUCUUCAAAGUUCAGACAUUGUAUUUUUUGGUGACAACUCGACAGUCAUUGGAUAUAAUCUGUAUGAUUAAUCUGGUUGUCUUUUUGUUCGUUUGUUUUCAUUAUAUAUGUGAUGAAAGUGAUAUAUGAGGCCUUGAGAUGUGAACCAACGGGUGACACAUUGUAUGACGAUCCACUUGCACCUGUGCUCUCACAGAUCUGUUAUGAAAAUCAGUUAAACUGUUCAGAA